GUUUGUGAAAAUUAAAUGUCUUUUUUAAUGUGAUUUAUGUUUUUGAUUAUAAAUAAUAUAUAUAUUUUGGUGUUUUAUUAGAGCCAUUGAUUGUUUGUUAUCAAAAUAAUUAGUGUUUCGUAUAAUAUCUUUGUUAACCCAAACCACUAACAGUUAUAUCAAUCAUGAAAACAACUGAUCCGUCAUUUAAUAAAUAAUUUUUUUUGUUUAUAUUAUAUAUACAUUUGUUUUGUGAGAUGAGCUCAAUAUUAGGGCCAAUAACUUAUUAUUUGUAAUUUAUAAUUAAAUUCACCGUGUAAUAUUAGUGAUUCAAUUGGAUUUAUUGGCUAAAAGUUAAUAAUAUUGAGGAUAAUAACUAUGACUUCACAUUCACUUCAAGCUCCGCAAGCAUUUGUCGACAAAAUAGAUCCCUUUAAGAAAGGUUCACUCAAGAGAAAGCAAAAGAAAUCUCAGGGAUCAUCCAGAUAUAGGUUGACCUCUGAGGUCGAGUUACAGCCAUUACCACUUCUUAAAGAUGUGCCCAGUGGUGAACAAGAGGGUCUCUUUAUACGCAAAUUAAGGCAAUGUUGUAUUGCUUUUGAUUUCAUGGAUCCGGUCUCUGAUUUAAAAGGAAAAGAGAUUAAGAGAGCGACACUCAAUGAAUUAGUCGAUUAUAUUAGUGCCGGACGAGGGGUACUCACAGAACCCACUUAUCCUGAGAUUAUUAGAAUGAUAUCUUGCAAUUUGUUUCGAACAUUACCUCCGAGUGAGAACCCAGACUUUGAUCCCGAAGAGGAUGAUCCGACACUUGAGGCUUCGUGGCCACACUUGCAAUUAGUCUAUGAAUUUGUACUCCGUUUCCUUGAAUCACCCGAUUUUCAACCAACUAUUGGAAAGAAAGUAAUCGACCAAAAGUUUGUUUUACAGUUACUGGAAUUGUUUGAUAGUGAAGACCCUCGAGAACGAGAUUUUCUGAAAACAGUUUUACACAGAAUUUAUGGCAAAUUUUUAGGACUUCGGGCAUUCAUUAGAAAACAAAUUAAUAAUAUUUUCUUGAGGUUUAUUUAUGAAACGGAACACUUCAAUGGUGUCGGAGAGUUACUUGAAAUAUUAGGGAGUAUAAUAAAUGGUUUUGCAUUGCCUUUAAAGGCUGAACACAAACAGUUUUUGGUUAAAGUUCUCAUUCCUUUACAUAAACCUAAAUGUUUAGGUCUAUAUCACGCUCAAUUGGCGUACUGUGUCGUUCAGUUUCUUGAGAAAGAUGCCACACUUACUGAACACGUGAUCAAUGGAUUAUUGAAAUUCUGGCCAAAGACUUGUAGUCAGAAAGAAGUAAUGUUUUUGGGAGAAAUUGAAGAAAUUUUAGAUGUGAUUGAACCGACACAGUUUGUCAAAGUCCAGGAUCAGCUCUUCAAACAGAUUUCCAGAUGCGUAUCGAGUCCUCACUUUCAGGUGGCUGAACGGGCUCUCUAUUUCUGGAAUAAUGAAUACAUACUGAGUUUAAUAGAGGAGAACAGUGCAGUGAUUAUGCCGAUUAUGUUUCCGGCACUCUAUCGCAUAUCCAAAGAGCACUGGAAUCAAACUAUUAUUGCAUUAGUUUAUAAUGUGUUGAAAACAUUUAUGGAAGUGAACUCCAAAUUAUUUGAUGAGUUGACCGCCUCUUAUAAAACUGAACGACAAAAAGAGAAGCGAAAAGAGAAGGAAAGGGAUGAACUGUGGAAGCGAUUAUCACAGUUAGAGUUGAACCAUAAGGCAAAGUUAGGGUCGUCAUCAUCGCUAACAACCACUCUGACAUCUACUUCAUCGUCAUUUAGUCCAAUGGGAUCACAACAGCUAAGCGCCGCUCGAGGAGGUGGCUUCUCAUCUGGUUUCGCACCGGUAGACAACUGCACGAGUCGCGAGUUUAGAGAUAUAAACAAUUUGAACUCAUUUAAUACGAAUAAUGCUUGAUAUUUAUGAGUAUUAUUUGAAAUCUUCCGAUAGUUUUUUUUAGUGGAAAACAUUAUUAAAAAAUCACAAAACAGACAAAAAAGUAGGAAAUUAUUGAACUGAUGUUUCGCUCAUUUGUUGAUUCAAACAAAACCUCUUCAUAAAUGAAAUUAGAGACGACUUAUGCAUACAUUUGUAUACAUUUGUUUUCCCAGAAAAUUUCCAAUAGAUUUAUAGCUCAAUGUUUAUUGAGGAGACAACUAAUUAUAACACUAAAUAUGUCACAUUAAUUGCUUUAUUUUUAAUUUGAAGACUUGAUUUAUUUUUGAGCUUAUAAUGCAAAUAAAAUGAGACAAAACAAUAUAAAACACGAUAAGUGCCCGUUUGGUGCUUAUAUACUCUCAUUGAUGCUGUCAUUGUUUUCAUUCAAAUAAGUUGUUAAUUAAUAAAUUAAAUGUACGUUAAUAUGACUGCUAACUAUCAUUAAACAAUAAAACAAGAAAAUAUCAUACAAUUUGUCU